AUGUCUACGGGUCUUCACUCCGCGCGCGGGGAACUUGGCCUAUCUAACGUGGCGAACAAUCACGGCAUGGGCAUUUCUAACUCGGGCUACCUCAAUGGUGACGUCGGCCAUCAGAUUGGUGGACUGCCUAAGCCCAUGAGCCUCAGUCCACGGACCUUUGGCAUGGAAGACUUGCGCGACUUUUGCGGUCCUUUGGGAACUUUCAAGACGGGUCUAACACCCCGCGUCUUCAGCACGGGCUUGACCCCUCGCUCGGGCUUUACGCCUCGUUUUUCGACUGGAUUUACGCCACGCAUUAACGUUGCAGGAUUAAGUCAAGCUUCCAAUGGCCCAUCCACCGAGUCCUCUAACGGCUACUUGAACCGACCAAGUGCUGGUUAUUCUCCGCGUAAUGCCUCUGAUGGCAACAACAAUAAGAUUUCGCCUUCGGGCUAUACCCCUAAGGACGUGUCUGGUGCCAAAGUCCCCAUGCGCUUCCCCGGUGCUUUUUCAAGCAAUAGCCCGCCCAAGAUGUUAAUGACCGAUCAGUACAAGCAGGAACCACAGUCCCAGUCGCACUUGCAGCAGAUGCAACAGAUCCACCAUCAGACCCAGCAGAUGAACCAUCACCCGGGACACAUGUCACAUAAUCCAGUCAUGUCCUCCAUGAACGUGCCCAUGUAUGACUACAUGAACCGUUCAGCACUGCAGCAGACUUCGGAUCCUCGUCUUAGUGCAAGCCCCAACUCGGACCGUGUGUCGGAUCAGGAGGAUCUGGACGAGCGCCGUCGUAUGAAAAACCGCGAGCGUGUGCGCAAAUGCCGCAAGCGUAAACAGGACCGACUUAACUUUUUGGAGGAUCGCACGGCGGAGCUCGAGAAAGAAAAUGGGAUGUUGAGGGUCAAGAUUGCCCGCCGAAACUUUGGAGUGAAGGGUGGACCUCUUUUGGAGGAACAGCUGAACGAACUUCGCAAGAAGCAAAACACCACGUUGACGUCGUACAUUCGUGCCUGCAAUGAGGCUGAUGGAUCUGUUUUUGAGGCUAUUGCCCGUGGUAUCUGGGCUGAAAACGCUGAAAUUGUGUACGGCAGCAAUGGUGCCAGCAUUGCUGGCGUGCCGGACAUUAUCGUCAGCAAGAAGUCCAGUGCUAGUGUUUUUGCCAAGUACGAGAUCAGGCAGUACGCAGUGCAGUGGAAAGCUAACUCGACGGACAAAUGCCUUGUCAAUUGGGACGUCGAAGCGGUCGUGAAAAAGGAGGCCGUCAAGAAUGUGCCGCUUACUAUGCCUUUCGCCGAGCUAGCGCCGCACUUUGGUGACAGCAACGAGCCGCUGUCGUUUCAGAUGACCUCUCACAUUACGUUUGAUGAGGACGGUAAGAUUGCGGAGGAGAUUCGUCAGCUAAACCUGUCCCGCAUUAGCGCGAAGGUUCUGGAGCUAUUUUCGGGGGAUCCCAGGAAGGCUGCUGACGUGCUGCGAUGCCUGGUGGUGGUGUAG